AUGAACGCAGAAGUUGAAAAUUACAUUCGUAAUAACGUGAUAUGGAACGAAAUUCCGAAUAAUGUAAAGCAAAAAUGGAUUUUAAAUCAAAAAGAAUAUGAAAAACAAAUAGUGGAGUUCAGUAUAAAAAAUCAAUUAAGGUUCAAAGGCAAUAUUGUAAAUAAUGUAAAGAAAAAUGCUAAACAAUAUUAUGAAGAAUUAUUAGCAUACAGUAGACAAUCUCUUAUGCUGUACCCUUAUCAUCUAUCCGAUGUUAUUGUACCUGGUCUGAGGGUAACACCUUUUCAAUAUUAUAUUGCAAUGAUGGAAAAUAUUAUGACUCAAGGGAGGAGUUAUGAUUCAUUACCUAAUUUCACAGCAGCUGACUGCAUCAGAUUGUUGGGCAUUGGUAGGAAUGAAUACAUUGAAUUAAUGAAUAAAUGUCAUUCUGGAAGGAAAUUGUUUAGGAAAAAAAACAUAAGGGACUUACUACCCACCAAACCAGUUAAAAUCAAUAUUGAAAAUUGGUGGGUAGUUCAUCUGGGUUCUGUAACUGAAGAAGACAUCAAACUAAUAACACCAGUCGAAAAAGAACUUAUAGAUAAAAUAAUUGAUUUUGGAAAACAAAAAGCCGGAGAUACCGAUUUAAUUUUACUACAAAAACUAUAUAAUAAAGGUCUUGUUUUCUUAGAAGUUCCAAUUGAAGAUAAUGAUUAUAUUGUUGUUCCUCCACUUGAAGGUUUCGUUAUGAACAGGGUUUUAGGUGAUUAUUUUGAAACUCUUCUUUACAAAAUAUUUGUAUCAAUAGAUGAAAACACAUCAGUAUCUGAGUUGGCCAAUGUACUUCAAAUAGAUUUAAAAUCCGUUAAAAAUGCCGUAUCGUUAUACUGUAGAUUGGGAUUUGCAAAGAAAAAAACAAAUGAAUUAGAUGAUGUUGAAAAUAUUAGUUCAUGGAGUAUAUGUACUUCUAUCAAACGUCAGUCUUCAACUGCUUCAGUUACUGAUCCAUUACUUUUAGAAUUAGAUGAAGCACUUGCAGAAGCAGGUUUAUCAACCAAUCAGGAAUCAAACGUUUCAGAAGAUUAUGAAGGAACUUUACUAUCGAGUCCUACCAGAAACAAGAGAAUAGCAUUUUUAUUCGAUUCCACACUGACGGCAUUUUUAAUGAUGGGAAACUUAUCACCGGGUUUGAAAAAUCAUGCAGUUACUAUGUUUGAGGUUGGCAAGCUACCAGAUGAAUCUUUAGACAGUUUGUUAAAUGAAUUAGAAAAAGUUUCAACAGAUGACAGUGAAGGUGAGGCUCAAAGGUAUUUUGAACAUGCUUUGGUCCUGCGUUCAACAAUACUGUUUUUACGACAAAAUCAACAAAUGACAGAAAUUGUAGCUGGUGUAGAUCUUAUUCGUUGUGAAAGCUUACAAUCAUUAGAUGCGGCAACAUGUUCUAGAUUACUUAAUAAAAACUAUGCAUUGUUAGUCUCAAUGGCUCCUUUGAGCAAAGAAAUCAGUCCAAUUAGGAAUAUGACACCUCCUCAUUUAGGACCGGCGACGCCAGAGGUUAAUUCGGAAUGGUUUAAAUUAUUCAUUUAUUUCGUAACGGGUUACGAAGUCAUCGACUUGAAACACAAUUGUGGAUUUUUGACAAUGGUUCAUUUGAACCAACAGGGUGAUUUGAAUCAGUGCAAUUCAUAUUUUAAAGAAGUCAAUAAUUAUUUUGAAAGCAAUAACAGCAUGGUCAAUUCUUGGAUAGACAGUCAAGUGAUAAAUAAAGAGGAAUCCCAAGUACCAAGUCCUGUAAACGGUUUGACAAAUCAAAAUUUUGCCAGUAUAUUAGAAGAAGAAUUAAAUAAUUUAGAAAAAAAUAAAAUGGAAUCGAGUAAAGAGAAAUCAAUGAACGAAAGAAGAGAAAACAAAAUUGAUAAAGAAUUGUCUGGGUGGACAUUGUUGGAUUGUGAUUUUGGAAUUCCUUUAUUCAAUGCAACUACGAAUGAGCAAGUGUGUAAAGCAAUUUGUGAUCAUAAAUUAUGGGCUAAAUCGAGUUUGGACUUGUUAAAAGAGAGCGGUGGAUCUCUUUCUCUCAAGUUACUAGAUUUUAUUCAUAAAUUACAGGAUAGUCCAGACUUAACAGAUUUAAAACUAGAAGAAACAAAUGAACCAUUGGCAACAUUAUUACCUAAAAGAAAUUUGAUUUUUCACGAUGGAAAAUUAAAUUUAUUAAACAGACAAAGUGCUUUUAUGAGGUAUUUAACAAAUAAAUUGUGGGAUGGUAGUAGUUUUUAA